GAAGCGAGAACUCGUGCAGCCGGAAAUCACGGAAACAAUCCACCGUAAAAUGACGAUAAAAAUCGCAGAAACGCACGGACGGCGAUCAGUGAUGGUGCUUUAAUCGCUUUAGCGACGGAUCUGCGCGAAUCUAACGAGUUUAUCCUUCAUAUCCCUUGAGUUUGGCCACAGACUGACGGAACCGAGCCAGAGCCGCUGCCGGGCCGUUUCUGCGCAGAGAUGCCGAGCAAAAAGAAGAAAUAUAACGCCAGAUUCCCUCCGGCCAGGAUUAAGAAGAUCAUGCAGACGGAUGAAGAAAUCGGAAAAGUGGCCGCUGCAGUUCCUGUCAUCAUCUCUCGCGCUCUCGAGCUGUUCCUGGACUCUCUCCUGACGAAAGCCUGUCACGUCACCCAGUCACGCAAUGCCAAAACCAUGACCACAUCACACCUAAAGCAGUGCAUCGAGCUGGAGCAGCAGUUUGACUUCCUGAAGGAUCUGGUGGCGUCGGUGCCGGAUAUGCAGGGAGACGGAGACGAGAACCACACGGACACCGCGGAGAAGAUCCCGCGCAGAGGGCGUAAGAUCGGCUCGGGCCGCAAGAACGGGGGAGCAGGAGCGAAGGGCAAAGACAAGAAACUCUCAGGCACAGAAUCAGAGCAAGAGGAUGAUUCGGAGGACAGUGAGACGGAAGGAGACGAGGACGAGGACAGGUCUCAGACCAGCACAAACACACAGCCUGCCUCCUUCUACCACAGCGUGGAGGCCCCGCCGGCGCAGGCUGUCCCCGCGGGCUCCCAGCAGGGGCCGCUGUCGGUGUUCUCCCCGCACCCGUCUCUCAUGGGGGUGUUCCCGCCGGCGCCGGCUCCGGAGCCGCUCCAGAACCACACCGAGGACGGCGACGACGAGGACUACGACUCGUAGAGACGCCAACACACACUAGCUGUUUUAAUUUCUUUUAAGCUCUUGUUUUAUUGUCCAGGAACA